UGACAACCUUUGCUGAAAAUAAUUGGUCUAGGGUCUGUCUUUUAAUUGACCGUCAGUAACGGAUCCGCUCCCCUUCUUCCUUUCUCGCGGAAAAUUCAACCCGAUCUGCUCCUGGACAAAUUUGACGAUUCAGAAAGAAAAAAAGAGUAAAGGAAAGCCAGAAGAAGACGAAGGCAGAGUUGUUCCUUACUUCCGCCAUCUGAAACACCGGCCUCCAUAGUAGAAAUCGGCAGCGAUACGUAGCUUUGUUUGAAAAAAUGAUCCGGUUCAUACUUCUACAGAACAGGCAGGGGAAGACUCGUCUCGCCAAGUACUACGUACCUCUCGAGGAUUCGGAGAAGCACAAAGUCGAGUACGAGGUUCAUCGGCUGGUGGUCAAUCGAGAUCCCAAGUUCACGAAUUUCGUCGAGUUCCGGACGCACAAGGUGAUUUACCGACGGUACGCUGGAUUGUUCUUCUCGCUAUGUGUGGAUAUAACGGAUAACGAAUUGGCUUAUUUGGAAUGCAUCCAUUUGUUCGUCGAGAUAUUGGAUCAUUUCUUCAGCAAUGUGUGUGAGCUUGACUUAGUCUUUAACUUUCACAAGGUACUGGUACUCCCUUAAUUUUUCUCUGAUUUGCAAGGUCCUGGUCCUCUCUCAGUGAGAGGAGUCCCAGUUAUAGAAUCAGUGUAUAUGCAUUCACUCUGCCCCGCUCACUUCUCAUUUUGGUCUUUUUCUUUGCUCUCUUGAAGGUGUACUUGAUACUUGAUGAAUUCAUUCUUGCUGGAGAGCUCCAAGAAACAAGCAAGAGGGCUAUCAUAGAGAGAAUGGGAGAGCUGGAGAAGCUGGAGUAAAUAUGUUGUGUUUCUCUACUGGAGAGUGUUACUGAGUGAAGUUCACCCAAUUGUGUUAUUUUCCACUUGAAUAUCCAGUUUCUUCUUCCCAUUUGAACAUCCGGUUUCCCCCUCACCAUAUCAAGCAUUGUAAUCAUAGGGAAAAUUAAUGCCUUACUUCGUUAGGCAUUGAAUUCUUUCGUAUGUUGAAUGUCACUUGUGUGUUUCUCUGACCUAAGUGCUUUUAUCCUUCCGACUAUCCCAAGUUUCACUCUUUUCAAAGAAUGUCAAAGUUGUGUACAAAUAUCAGUUGUAAAGACAAAACAGUGAUGCGAAAUUUUGAUUCAUGUAUAUGAUUUUGGUUGUGUGAG